UGAGAACACAGUGGCAACUAUAGUCGGUGACUUAAGCUUUACAGUGAUGGGUUCGCAACUGUCACUUCGAAAACAAAAUGCGUGGAAUCGUACAUUCUGAUAGUGGAAUUCGUUAGAGUGAUAUAUCAUCUUCAGAAUUUUAUCAAUAAAUUGAUUUAUUUUAUUUGACUAUUAUUACAGUGUAUUUAAUUGUUAAUCGUAAACUUGUAAAAGAACGAAUUGAAAUAAAUAAUCGUCAUGGCUAAAACGAAAUCUUCCGAAAUAGAAGAAGGAUCAAUGGGUUUCAAGGAUAAACAAAAAGCUUUGGAUACGUUGAAAUUUCUCGAUGGUCGUGACAUAAGCUAUCAAUAUCAUGUUAUAACCAGCUUCGUUAGUCGUGUUAAAAGAACAUUACAAAUAACGAAGGACGAAGAUAAAUUAUCCAAUUUACGGGAUGCAUUGAAAAUAUUUGAAGAUUGGUUAAUCGAUUAUAAAGAAAAUAAUCGUGGAAAGGAAAAUCUUGCAUAUUUAUCGAUCGAUACGAUACAAGCUUAUAGAUCACUUGCUAAAAGAUACGAUGUAAUCGACGAUGAAUUUUACUUAGCAUACAAAAAGGAAAAAGGAGAUUACAAAAGUUUACGUACAUCAAAAUUACAAAAUAAUGGAAUAACAUGGGACAUCGAGAGAAAUCGUAGAUUGAAAGAGAUCAUAGCUAAUAUUAGAGACAAAAAUAUUCAAUGGUAUGAGACAGAUGUUGGUGAUUUAAGAGGACUUCCAACGAAGGAACAUGUACGAUGCAUUAUGUUAGGAUACAGUCCGGAUCCGACUAAGUUGAAAAAAUUGAUCACAGACGUGGAAUCCAAAAUUGGUGUUAUGGAUGAUGUAGAUAUGGAAAUAGAGGAAGAAGAAAUCAUGAAGAAAAAGACGCAGAAGAGAAGCCAUGACAAGGACACAUCGAGUAGCGAAAGUGAUUCUAACGAGCCCGAUAAAAAAGUUGCCAAGUUAUCUGUUGACGCUGAACAAGAGAAAAAGGAAGAUGGUGGACUUAGUUUUAAAGAUAAGGACAAAGCUUUGCAGAGUAUUCAAUCACUUGAAGGACGUGAUUUGAGUUAUCAGUAUCAUGCAAUUGUUGGUUUGGUUAAAAGAGCCGAAAGGGUAAUAUCCUGUACGAAGGAUAUUAAUAAAAUUAAGAAUAUGAAGGAAGCUGUUCAGAUUUUUGAGGAUUGGAUUACCGAUUAUAAUUUAAAUGGUAGAUCGAAAGAUAAUUUUAAUUAUUUAUCGAUCGACAUUAUUCGUGCUUUUGAACCUCUCGCUGAAAAAUAUGAUAUCGAGGAUAAAGAAUUUUUCAAGGCAUACGAGGAAGUAGAUGGAGAUUAUAAGAAAUUGAGGACGGUCAAAAUCCCGGAAUCCGAUUUAACGUGGGAUAGAAAAAGAAAUAAGUUUCUUCGGGCACUAGUAGAUCGUAUGAAAGAGGAAGAAGAUAAUUUUUGGUUUCAAAUUGAUGGAGAUCUUAAAAGUUUACCGACUAAAGAACACACGCGGUGUAUCAUGUGGGCUUACAGUCCCGAUCCUACGAAAUUAAAAAAACUUAUGUCCAUAGUUAAAGAAAAAUUCACGUCUAUAGAAUAAUAUACCAUAACUAAUUAUUUAUCCAGUAUAUCUAAUUAGUUAACGCAUUAAAAUAUAUUUGUUAUACUAAAUAUCAUACACAGUAUAUAUUUAUAUACUAUACGAUAUUAUAUUACAUAUGUGUAUACAACUAAUUACAAAAAAAACAAAAAAAACAAAUAAC